AUGGCGCAAUCUAGUGCCUACAACUUUGAACCUUGGGGUCAAGCGUUACACACAAUCAAGGAUACUACAGCCUCUCCCAGCGAUCGCAAUAUGCAUGUAUCCAUCGGCAACGGCAAUGUCGUAAAACAGCACCCUAUCCCCGAACCCAUGCUCGCAUCGACAGACCAAGAAGCUCCCGACAUGACAGCUUAUGGCAAGUGCAUGUGUUGCACCAGUGAAUUGCGUUACCCCGAGAGCGUUUCGAGAUUCCGUUGUCCGGUGUGUGAUACAGUGAACGACCUUAAACCGCAUAUACGGCAACAACUCUCCAACGAACCCCUUACGUUGAAACGACUCAAACGCAGUGUCAGCAAAUGUUCAUCCAAGGAAAGAGCGAUUCGCAAAGAGAGGAUGGCAGCUGGUGAACCUGCCGAGACAGCCAUCAGCCAAAAGGAAUUGGAAAAGUUUUAUGAACCUGUGGAAGAGUUGGCGCAAACAGUCUUUGGCAGUUGGGUGUGUCUCAAUCACAGCUUCUUGAAUGGCGAGGAGACAUCAUUGGAUAACAGUGGAUUGAAUCUUGGUGAGAUCGCUGAUGCCUACAGGAUACUUUUAAGCUUGCCUGUGAAUGUGGUGCGAGCAAUGAUGGCAGCAACAGAUCGGUUAUUGAAACGACCAGCAGUACCAUUACUGCGUAUGAGCGAUAUUCGGUUUCUUUUGAUCAUCUUGGAAAAUCCAUUGCUAGCUCAACACAAUUUUCAUGCCGAGACGAAAUAUCACCACAACCUACUUAGGCGGGUAUUUGGGAUGCUCAGCUGUCUAAACAAUGAAUGCCAUCAAGGGCUCGUCAAUUGGUUUUCAAAAUAUACUACCGAAGGGUUGCGGAACAAGGUGCAUCUGGUGCAUGCUUUUAUCACUUAUCGUAUCACACGAGCUCAACGAAGCAACCUGGGCUUACCGGCUGCCUAUGAAUCAGAAUGGAGAAUACGCAGUGGAGCUCGUACCAUGGCCAUUCUUUUUGCUGCCAAUUGCUUAAGCCGGAAGCUCCCAAUCUCGGAUUUCUACAAUGCAAUGGUCGAUUAUAUCAAUCUAAUGGGUGAUUUUGAAUCAUGGCAAUCAGGAUCAGGAAAAUUCGCAUUUUGCCAAUACCCUUUUCUGAUCAGUAUGGGAGCCAAGAUGCAAAUCCUCGAAUCAGACGCUAAACGACAAAUGGAAACCAAGUGGCGAGAAGCCUUUUUCAACAUGCUCUUUCAUCAAAAGGCGUCCAUGCCUUAUUUGGUCCUACGAGUAAGGCGAGAGAACCUUAUUGAAGAUUCGCUGCUACAGCUUGCACAAAAUGAGCUUGAUCUCAAGAAGUCGUUACGGAUAGAGUUCGUUGGUGAAGAUGGUGUGGAUGCUGGUGGAUUACGCAAGGAAUGGUUCCUUCUUCUUGUACGCUCGUUAUUUGAUCCGCAGUAUGGCAUGUUUACGUAUGAUGAGGAUUCCAAUCUUUGCUGGUUCAACCCUGCCAGCUUUGAAAAUGAAGAUCAAUACUUUCUUGUGGGCGUUGUAUUGGGCCUUGCGAUUUACAACUCGACAAUUCUUGAUAUCCAUCUACCAACGGCAUGCUACAAAAAGUUGUUAGGCCAUCCGGUGGAUCUUGCUGACCUUGGAUCUUUUCGACCUGGCUUGGCAAGAGGAUUUGAGCAACUUUUGAACUUUGAAGGCGACGUGGAGGAUGUCUUUUGUCGUGCCUUUGUGGCCGAGAUUGAUACAUUUGGACAACGAAAGCUUAUACCGCUGAUACCCGAUGGUGCCAACCGCAUGGUGACAAACGAGAACCGACAAGAGUUUGUUGAUCGCUAUGUCGACUUUGUGCUCAAUGCUAGUGUCGAGAGGCAAUUUGGAGCGUUUAGACGUGGAUUUUAUCAUGUUUGUGGCGGUAAUGCCCUCUCGCUCUUUCGACCCGAAGAGAUUGAAUUGCUUGUACGAGGAAGUGAAGAGCCAUUAGAGAUUGAUGAUUUACGAGGACAGACCGAAUAUCAAGGCUUUGACCAAGAUGAAGAUACCAUCAAACAUUUCUGGGAGAUUAUGAAGAAUAUGGAGCCAUCCAUGCAACGUAAACUGCUCAUGUUUGUCACAGGAAGCGAUCGUAUACCAGCCACUGGUGCCACACAGUUGGAUCUUAAGAUUGCAUGCGGUGGGGAGGAUUGCAACCGGUUACCGUCAGCACAUACAUGUUUCAAUCAGCUGGUUCUGUAUAGAUAUGAAAGUAGGGAAAAAUUAGAGCAAAUGCUACACACUGCAAUAAUGGAAAGUCAAGGUUUUUAUGUAAAGUAA